AUGCAAAUUAAAAAUUAACGCUGGAUUGAAGAGGAUAUUUAGUAUAAUUUAGUAUCUUUGAAAUAAUUUGAUUAAUAAGAUAUUUAAUAAUCAUUACAUAGAUUGAUGAACAAGUCAAUUGACAAAAUUUUAUUAUAAGAUAUUUAAAAAUGUGCAUAAAGGAUGAAAUCUAUUAACUUUAGUAGCUAUUCGAUUGAGAUGGUUGCUAAUACAUUAGUUUCAUGUAUUGCUCAGCUCAAGAAUGAAAAGCCAAGAUAUUCAGUAAAUUCAACUUCAUACUAAGGUAUUAUUAAGUUUUUUUGGAAGGCAAACUAUUUUUUUGCAUUUGCCUCUUAAUAUUACUAGCGACAUAAAGUUGGAUAGUCUGAACAUGUAGAAGUAAGUUUAGAAUAAUAAAAGGAACCACUCUUACAUUCAUAAGGUAAGGAUUGCAGAAUUUCUUGUUAAAUCAAUGUAACAUCGAAGAGUCGCUCAAUAUUCAAACUAUUCAGCACUUAAACAUAAUUCAAAAUGCUCAGUUUCCAAAAAAGGAAAUUAUAAAUAAUAGAAUUAAGCAAUAAAUUCGUUAUAAACUAGUAUUUUGAUUGCUCUUAUUAUGAUCAUUACUUGAUCUUAUGUUGGAGACAAAAUGGUUAUUAACAUGCAGGAUGUUUUGCAUUAAAGCAUACUCCAUCAGAAUAAUUUGCGCAAACCCUUCAAUCACCACAUAUAAUAAAGGGGAUGAAAAAUCUCAGUUGCUCUCUUCAAACACUUAAAUACUUCACUAAUGAAUGGAGGACAUAAGUGACAUUUGUGAGUCAGGAUUGGACACCAACAACUAUGAUAAAUUAAAUUGGAAAUUAACUCAAUAUUUAAUUAUUCAAACUUUAUUAAAAAGAUUACAGAUCCAGAUCAUUUAAUUAUGUACAUAAACAAAGCAAUUUAAGAGAUUAAUAAUGA